GAUAUAGAAGAGCUUUCCAAAUAUUUUCAGUUAUUUAGAUAAUUAUCAAGACCUGCAGACAUGUUUUCUUGCUUUUGUAGACGACAGAAGAGAAACUGUCAAGAUGACGUGGAAGUUAGAGACGAGCCAUGCUCCGGCCCACAAAAGAGUGUCAUUAUUGAAAAGGAGCCAAAGCAACACACUGUGGUCCCCGACACCAAAAAGUCCUGGUGGCGUAGGUUGUUCUGUCGUAAGAAGCAGCAGACUCCUGUGGAAGAUGUGAAAGACGACGCACAGACUACAUCUACUGCCACAGAAAUAAGCAGUAUCAACACCAGCGAGGAGUCUCAGCAUGAAGAUGGUGUCCAGGAGGUUUCAUCCGCCCCUGAAACUUCAGCCUCAGCUGCAACUGAGGAUGAAGAAGAAGACAUGGAGUUGUUGUCUUCUUCUAUGUGUUUUUUUUCUUUAAUCAGCAGCAUCGACGCUGACGAGGAGUCCGAGGAAGGAGCUGGUGUCCCUGAAGAUGAAGAAGCAGCUAGUGCUAACCCCAGCAUCCAGUCUGAAGAUGGUGAAGCUGUGGAGAAGGCUUCAUCCUCCGCUGACAUUCUGGUCUCAACUGAGGAUAAAGACGUACCAGAAGACACAGAGUUGUUGUCUUCUGCCCCAGAAGAUAAGUAUAUGUCCUUUUCUUGUAUUAGCAGCACCAACAAGGAGUCUGAGGAAGAAGCUGGUGUUCAGGAGGCUUCACCCACCGCUGAAGAUGAAGAAGCAACCAGUGCUAACACCACCAUUGAGCCUGAUCACGAUGAGCCUGUUGAGAAGGCUUCCAGUUGGCUUCGCUGGCUGGUGCCUCGCCGUAAGAAACAGAAGGUGGAGACAGAACCUCCAUCUGAGACAGCAGAGAUGGACACAGAUUGCACUGAGGCCCAGCCAUUUAUCAUUCACAGUAAAAAACUCAACCCAAUAGGUCAGGGUGGGAGUAUAGAUGUUGAAACUCUCAACGCCGAUAUAUAUAGAAAAGUGUUCCUUCGGCAAAAGAAUUUGUUGCAGGAAAAAACCUCAGCCAGCACAGACGUCAUUCCCAGAGAGGAGCUGGUCUGCCUCGGGUUCCCCAACCUGGCGCAGACCUGCUACAUGAACUCCACCCUGCAAGGCCUCCUGACGCUGAGACCUUUUGUUCACGACAUCAUCAAGCAGAAGAAGGUGUGGAUGUCUCACCCCGGAUCUAAAGUCCUCAGACGGUUUGUAGAUGUGGGACACAGCCACUUUAACAGCAACAAGAGAGAGGCAAAAAGUGUCCUGGCUGCUUUUAAAGACGCUGUCGCUGAGUUUAACUCAGAGUUUAAGGACCAUCAGCAGAAAGAUGCCCAUGAGUUCCUCAGCUCCUUGUUGAAUCAGAUGAAGUCUCUGAACUUUGACCUGCAGGAAUCAGCAGUUAACAUGGGCUUCAGAUACACCUGCCCUGUUGAUGCUCACAUCACCUUCCAGAUGUUGAGCACCAGGACCUGCAAAGGAUGCGGUAAACAAUCCAUGAGGGAGGAGGAUUAUAUCAACCUGUCGCUAGACCUGGUGCAUGGCGGCUCAGUAAACCAGUGUCUAAAGGACUACCUUAAAGUGAACCAGUUGGAGUAUCGGUGUGAGUGUGGUGCAGAGCAGUCAACGCAGCGGCCGUCCUUCUUGACCCUGCCAAAUGUACUGAUCCUGCAGCUGAAGAGAUUCAGCUUCACCAAAACCUACGACCUGGUGAAGGUGCAGAGCCCCGUUGUUUUAUCAAGAGAGCUGCUGGUGAAUCCAGAAUCUAGCGUUGCCGAACAGACAACAACUCGCUACUCUCUGGUGAGCAUCGUCAGCCAUUUAGGAUCCACAGCCAACUCUGGACAUUAUAUUUGUGACGGAGCCUACAGACCGGGAGAUAAUAAAGACCGAUGGCUAACUUACAACGACAAACACGUCAGUGAGACGACCGGCGCGUCUGUCUGCCACAAUCGCCAACAAACAGCCUACCUGCUGUUCUACGUGAAGCAGCAGUAGAAAAGAAUCAUCGUUGGAGGACCAAAAUUCAAACAGUGUUUUGUAUAUUUUAUAUAUAUCUUUUUUUUUAUAUGUGUAUUUCUAUAUUUAUGUGUUUAUUGGUCUAUAGUUUUAUGUAUAUACAUAUAUUUAUUUUUAUAUGUGUAUAUUUAUAUGUGUUUUUUCUUCUCUGUCUCUCUCUUGAGGUAAGUAUUGUUUUUUUAGCUAUUGUUGUUGUUUUCUCAUGUCAUUUAAUGCUUUUAUUUUAUUGUUCUCUCUCUCUCCCCCCAUCUCCCCUCUCACAUUCUCUCUACGUAUUUUUCUCUAUUGAUCUGUUGCUCUCCCUGAGGUUUCUCCUCGUUUUUAUCACCUGUUAAAGGGUUUUUUGAGGAGUUUUUCCUGGUCCACUGUGACGUCAAAGGACAGAAGGUGUUGUACCCUGCACAGUCUGGAAAAAAAGUUUCUUUCUUUCUUUCUUUCUUUCUUUCUUUCCUUCCUUCCUUCCUUUCUUUCUUUCUUUCUUUCUUUCUUUCUGGUAGAGGGAUCCCUCUUCUGUGGGUCUCCCUGAGGUUUCUCCUCGUUUUUAUCACCCGUUAAAGGGUUUUUUGAGGAGUUUUUCCUGGUCCACUGUGAGGGUCAAAGGACAGAAGGUGUUGUACUCUGCACAGUCUGGAAAAAAACAUUUCUUUCUUUCUUUCUUUCUUUCUUUCUUUCUUUCUGUCUCCUAUUCUUUAAAAACGACAUCCAUGGCAUAUCUGUCCGUCCUGUGAGGGAUCCCUCUUCUAGUGCUCUCCCUGAGGUUUCUCCUCCUUUUCAUCACCCGUUAAAGGGUUUUUUGAGGAGUUUUUCCUGGUCCACUGUGAGGGUCAAAGGACAGAAGGUGUUGUACUCUGCACAGUCUGGAAAAAAAGUUUCUUUCUUUCUUUCUU